UAUGCAGACCGUUAACGCGUCUUAAUGAGUCAAUAAGUUAAUACUAUUAGAUGUCUAGAUAACUAUAGUUUCCUGACUCAUCAUUUCCAGGCUGGUUCUCCCUCUGUGAGUUGGAUCGACUUCUUGCUGGAGGAUAUAGCAGCAGAUUGAUGGAGAAAAAUGGCUCGAAUCUCGUUGGAUUGUCCCACGUCUUUACCAGGAAUCCCCCUCAGUGUGCUGUCAGUGCCAAUGGAGAAUAAAUACAAAUGUCAGCAGUGUCUCCAGGUCCUGAGGAAGCCUGUCCAGGCUCAGUGUGGCCACCGCUUCUGUGUACACUGCUUCAAGGAGCUCACCAGUUCUGGGCCAAAACCAUGUGAGGCAUGUCGCCAAGAGGAAAUAUAUGAGGAACCUAUGUCCAUACUUAAUAGCAAUGAGGCAUUUCCAGACAAUGCAGCAGGAAGAGAAAUAGCGAGUCUGCCUGCCAGGUGUUUAAACCAGGGCUGCAAUUGGACAGGCUCGAUUAAAGAGUACGAGACUCAGCAUGAAGGUCACUGUGAAUUCGAGCGGGUACCGUGCGAGGCCUGCCAAAACUUAGUCCUCCGUUCAGAGAAGGAGAGACACAAUGAGCGAGAGUGUGAGGCCAGAACGCUCAACUGCAAAUACUGCAAAAUGGCGUUCCACUUUAAAGACAUCAAGGCCCAUGAUGAGAUCUGUGUGAAGUUUCCCUUACAAUGCAAAGACUGUGGCAAGAAGAAGAUCCCCCGAGAAAAGUUCAAUGACCACAUCAAGUCCUGUGCCAAAUCAAAGAGUGCCUGUCCAUUCAAUGAAGUGGGCUGUAAAUCUGUGAUAGAGAACGGGAAGCUCGGCGACCACGAGCACAGCAGCACCAUGGAGCACUUGCGUCUGCUGCUGUCGAUGGUGCUGGCCGUGGGUCAGACACGGGCUGACCCCGCUCAAGGGGAGUGGCAGGAGGACUCUGGUCUGGGCCUGUACAGGUCUCCUGAGGAGGGAGUCGCUAUGGGUUCCGGAGCUGCAGCCUCUGUGCAGCCCAUGGAUUUGGAUAAGAAGGUAAACGCUUUGGAAAACAUCGUUUGUGUACUUAACCGAGAGGUGGAGCGCAGUUCGGUCACGGUGGCGGCUUUGUCGCAUCAACACAGAAUAGAUCAGGAAAAUAUUGAAAACCUGUCCAACCGAGUGCAUCAGCUGGAGCGGACGGUCCAGAUGAGAGACUUGCAGCUGUCUGAACGAGAGCAGAUGGUGCGAGAACUCCAGUUCUGCACCUACGACGGGAUCUUUGUCUGGAAAAUCUCUGACUUCUCACGCCGCAGGCAGGAAGCUGUGCUUGGCAGGGCGCCUGCAAUGUUCUCUCCAGCGUUUUACUCCAGCAAAUACGGAUACAAAAUGUGCCUGAGGUUGUAUUUGAACGGCGACGGGACGGGCCGAGGAACUCACCUUUCCCUGUUCUUUGUCGUCAUGAGGGGAAAGUGCGACGCUCUGCUCAAAUGGCCGUUCAGUCAAAAGGUGACUCUGAUGCUUUUGGAUCAAAACAACAGGGAGCACAUCAUAGACGCUUUCCGUCCCGAUGUUACCUCCACCUCCUUCCAGCGGCCGAUCAGUGAGAUGAACAUCGCCAGCGGCUGCCCGCUCUUCUGCCCGCUUGCUAAACUGGCGGGCAAGAGCGCGUACCUGAGAGAUGACACAAUCUUCAUCAAAGCCAUCGUAGACCUAACAGGCUUGUAAUGUGUGUAUACUGUGGAAGGUACACAAAAACAUGUGGAAGGAAAAGAAAAUUACUUCAAAUAACAAUAUAUUAAGUAUUAUUACAUUAUGAUAAUACAUAUUACAAUAUAUGACAUAUUGUGACUAAGAUAUAAAUACAUCAUAAGUUAAGAAUGUCCUCCAGAUGUUCUUGGGAGUGUCACAGUAGGGCAGAUGUGAAACUUAGUGUGAAAUAACAAACAUGGUUGUGGCUGUGCAUUCUUUGUUCAUCCAUAUUUAGUGGAUAAAUUAAUCUGACUUUUCGUAGCCGAUGGACCGAUGCACUGACACCUCCAUGUUGAAACUCUGCUUUAGAUGAAUUUAAUAAAACAAGCUGCAGAGCUGCAGAGUUAAAUAUGACUCUCACUGCAAUCCUCCUGAUGUGACACUCUCUGUAUUCAGAUGAAAUACAAUAACAUAUAUUAUUGUUUAUAUUAAAUAUACAGUACAUAUAUAUUACAACAUGUAACCCAGCAUGUUAGCCCUCUUCAAGCAGUUAAAGUUUGCUUUUAGAAUUUACAUCUAAACACUAUAGUUUCAUAUAGCUCUUUAAACACCUGUUUAGAUCAAAAUAAACCUCAUGGCACCUCAACUGUUAAAACUCAAGAGAGGCAUGCAUCAGUGUGUUGUAUCAUCCUGGACACAGAUGCAUUUCUUCUGAAUAAAAUAACACUGUUUGACGAGACUUCAUGUGCUCACAGCAGCACCGACAUAUUCAGGCUCUGGUCAUCAUUUGACCUCUAAAUCUAUGGUCACCUCUAUACCCAUUACACUGUACAUACUUCAGUAUGUUCAAUCCUAAUCUUAAAAUGUGUGCAGUGCAUAACUUUUUCCUAGAAAAACUGUGAUAAAAGACAUUGUUUAUUUAUUAUACUUGUCUACUUUCAAUUUUCCAUUUAACCUGAGGUAAGUUUUUCCAUUGUGUUUGUUUGUGUGUAUAUGUAAAUUAUAUACAUACAUAUAUAUAUGCAUAUUAUUUUUAUUUGUAAAUUGUAAUGAAUAGAUUGCAGUGGUUUAUAAAGGUUGUUAGAGUCUGGGUCAAAAGUUAUGCAGUCUUAUAAUUCAAAUAAACAUUUUCACUAUCCUAA